AUGGCAAACAUUACACUUGAGCAACGUCAUACAAUUGUAAGCACUUUAUGGAGCAAUAGCGUCCAUGAUGCUAAAACUUUGCACAAAUUAACCUUUAUUUCACGCUUUAUGGUAUAUGACUAUGUCAAAAAACUUAAAAAUAGCAACACUUUAAACCCCUUACCUUGCUCCAGUAGACCAAAGAAACUUUCUCCUAAAAAAC